CGCAUGCGUACUUCGUAGCAAGAGUGCCCUCAGUGUCAUUUCAAAGAGGCGUCCCACUUUUGUAAACUACCGCGUUUGACUUUUUUUAAACAUCUCUAUUGAUGUUUGACGGCGUCUACGGAGGCGGGGAACGUGAGCCUGAAAUGCGAGACAACACACGGUCCUUACUUUGACGUUGCACCGCUCCAAUAACGAAACAGAGGGAGGAGGUGAUGUGGUGGUUCCAGCAAGGCCUCAGCUUCCUGCCGACUCUCCUGGUCAUCUGGACUUGGGCGUCCUUCGUCUUCGCCUACGUGACCGCGGUGCUCCUGAGACAUGUGGACCCCCUGGUCCCGUACAUCAGCGACACAGGAACCAUGGCGCCAGAGAGGUGCGUGUUUGGCUUCAUGCUGGACGUAUCUGCCUUUUUAGGCAUGGCCACCGUGUACGUGCGCUACAAACAAGUGGAGGCGCUGACAGACAACAACGAGCGCCGCAUCCUCAAAGUCAACCGCUUGGGUUUGCUGCUGGGUCUCUGCAGCUCCUUGGGGAUGUGUGUGGUGGCCAACUUCCAGAAGACCACGCUGUUCUCGGUUCACCUGCUGGGGGCGGUGCUCACCUUCGGCGUGGGAGCCAUGUACAUCCUGGUGCAGACGCUGCUGUCGCACUACAUGCAGCCUCACGUGCACAGCAGGGGCGUCUUCCUGCUGCGUCUCGCCAUCGGCCUUUGGACCCUCGGCAGCGUCCUCAGCAUGUUUGUGUCGUCCGUGGUCAUGUACAGCAGCCUGCCUGGAGUGGACGUCACGCACAAGCUGCACUGGACGCCUGGAGAGACGGGCUACACGCCUCACCUCAUCAGCACCGUCUGCGAGUGGUCUCUGGCCUUCUCCUUCAUCAGCUUCUUCCUCACCUACAUACGAGACUUCCAGAAAAUUACUCUGCGGGCCGAGGCGGACGUACAGAGCACUCACCUGUACCACUGGUCACGUGACGACAAGCCCCGGGUGUCUGAGUCGUCGCCGCUGCUGUCGGGAGCCCCCUGAUCCAAAAAGUACACCUCCGCUACACAAAACUAUCUUUUCUCCUCUCCGCUUGCUUUUUCCUCGGCUGCAGUAAAGGUGGCACCUAGACCUUGUCAGGGUUGCAUUUCAUUUGUGUAUUUAUUCCCAUUCUAAAUUGAAUAAUCCAUUUUGAGAAUAUAUCUCAUAAGAAAAAAAAUUUUGAUUAUGAAUCCAUUUUUGGAUUAAAGACAUUACCCAACUGA